UUAGCUGCUUAUUGUACUUGAUCGGAUUGCCAGUCCAAAAUUCCCUAGAAAAAAUAAUAAGAGAAAAUACAGUAACUUCUCCAUAGUGAACUCCCUUUAUAGUGAACUCCCUUUAGCAGAACUCCUUUAAGGUCCGAACCAAAAUGGGCUCCCUAUAGUACAACUCUCCCUAUAAGGAACUCUUUCGAGUUCCAACCUGAUGAAUCUCCGCUCUCCCUUCUUGAUUUUUCUCGAUUUAGCAAUGAACUUCCCCAAUUCUUUCUUCUACCUUUUUUUACUAAUUCUUCUGCCUUUAUAUUCAAACGGAUUUUUCUUUGGUGGUUAUGGAGGUGGAGGUGGUGGUUGUUCUUCUUGUUCUUCUUGCUGUAGUAGUUGUUGUACUACGACCUGUACUACUAGUUGUGUAAGCUGUUGUGUAAGUCUUAAUAUUGUAAGAUCGGCAAUUUCCUCCCAGCCAUUCUAA